GGACGAUUUGCCUAGUCUGGUUUCUGAUUUUGUUUGAUUAAACCAAUGUAUGCUACUAAUGAUGCUUAUUGGCGAUAGUGAGGGUAAAACCGCGGGAUAGGCUAUGAAGGAGCGAAUAAAGUUAGUUACGUGGAAGAAGGACUGAGGAAGUUGUUGAGAAUUGCCGGUCGUUAUUGUUCGGUCGUUAUUGUUCGGUCAUUGUUAGACUGACGACAAGAUGAAGAUAAAAGCCCGUCAUGUCGCUGUUUCUACUUGAUCUGUUGUCUAUAGAUCAGCAUCCUCUAGACUGAAAUUCAACAAGAUGGUUGAUAUCCUCCCCUUUUCGCGUCCUACCCACAAGUCAAAGAGAGAGCAACCGGGCUUCUCGAUGCACGGCCGUCGUUCGGCCCCUCCUCCACCUCCCCCGCGCAAAUCGUCGGGAAAGAAAUUCACCGUCUCCCCGGAAGGGAGGCCGCGCCGCGCGAAGGCCGUUCAGCUUUCUCACUGGUCCGUGGGCUCGAGCUCUUUGAGCAACUCCGACGAUUCGCUGGAUCUCCUGCGACGAUUGCAGGACACGGCGCCGACCAGCUUGAAUGUGUCUUCAGAUGAGGCUACAGAGGAAGAAAAGUCCAGUCCCAGUCCUUACGAGAGCGAUGUCGGCUUUCACUCGGAGGUCUCUGACGACACCGCUAGUAUCCUGAGCGAUCCGUUUUCCGACUCCAAAGCUUAUGAGGACGACGAGGACGAGAAGCGCAGCGAGAGUCCUACCCGCGAUAUUCUUCCGCCUUGGUACUUCAAGACAGAGACAUGGUCGCGCAUUUCGCUCAGCUCGUCGACGGACACGGUCGAGCCUGCUCUCUGGCAUUUGAAGGAAGAAGAGGCGUCGGCGGAACGCGAGCGCACGUCUAUCGAGCUCAAAGUUCGCAAGUUUUCGCUGUACGCCUGGGAGCGCGUGCGAGCGAUCUACAACAAGCUUCUGACGAGGGCGUUUAAGCUCUGAAUGUCGACAAUAGAAGCCUCUGGAUAGGCGGACCAGACCGUUUUUUCGGCAUCGUGCCAUGGGGAUCUCGUUUACUGUCUCUCUUGUUUAAGGUGUUUAGGUUGCUGCGUGGCGUCUUUGUACUUAUUUUCUUUCUGGUGACUUGUUUCGUCUUUAAUGUUUGGGAUUCAUGCAAUGAUUAAUCUCGGAUA